UAACAAUGAGUGUUUACCUGGUUGUGUCGUUAGUUUUAGUCUAUCUGGUUCUGAUAAAAUGCGUUUACUGGAGACACAGGAGGAGGUUUGCGGACUCGUUAAUGAGUGUUUUGAAGAGCAGAGAGGCAGCCCUGUCUGUCAGAGAUGAUCUCAGAGCUCUGGUUGUUACAGCUCAUCCGGAUGAUGAGUGUUUGUUCUUCUCUCCAUCGAUCAUCAGACUGGUUGAGUCACAGGUCAGCGUUCAUCUGCUGUGUUUAUCUAAAGGAAACUUCUACAAUCAAGGAGCUCAACGUAAACAAGAACUUCUCAACAGCUGUGCCGUGUUGGGGAUACCAGACUCCAGAGUCACCAUAGUAGACCAUAAAAAACUCCCAGACGAUCCCAAAGCAGAAUGGAGCGUCUCACUGGUCUCUUCUCUAAUUGCGCAGCACAUGAGAGCUCACUCCUUCAACAUGGUGCUGACCUUCGAUGGGAGUGGAGUGAGCGGCCAUGCCAAUCACACAGCCGUCCAUAAAGCUGUCAGCCAUCUCGCUACCACUGGACAAGUACCCAAUGACUGCUGUUUGCUCUCCCUGGUGACCGUUGGCCUCCUCAGGAAGUACAUCUCCUUCCUGGAGCUUCCCUUCAGCUGGCUGCUGCCCUCAUGCCUCCGCUGUCUUAUAGGCUCACAGGGCUACAGGCGAGCCAAAGACGCCAUGUUUUGUCACCGCACUCAGCUCCUGUGGUUUCGUUACCUCUACAUCGCCUUCUCCCGAUACAUGUUCGUCAACACAUUCCAGAUUAUCCCACAAGGACCAAAGAACCUGAAGAUCUAUUGAGUUGAUCUCAUCCAGAUGCACUGAUUGUUACUGCAGGUGUCCCACCGCCUAACCUCUCGAUUACUGAGUGGAUUUAGUUUACAAGAUACUCUGAUGCUCUGAUGAGCUGUUUUGCUCACUGUGAAUAGAGAUUUCUUCAGUACUUCAUGGGCUAGAAAGUGGCCUGAAUAUUUUAAGCACUUUCCGUUAAAAAAAGCUGACUAAAAUUUUGAAAUACUGUAAUAAAAACUUCUUAUGCGUUUUCUGCUAGAGAAACAUCUUUAUUGUCAUUACACUGUAUAAAAACAACACUAGGGUUUGAAUGAGUUGAGCGUUUUUUUCCAUCUUAUAAUGUGAAAGAUUGUUGAAAAUACUGUACAGUGUUUCUAGAUUAAACAAAAGCUUGAUUCUUAUA